AUGCACCUCAUCUGCUUGAAUCUUACCGAUCUUCUCUUCGGUCUCUGGCGCGGAACAUUGAAAUGUGGCGAGAACGACUUAAAGGCGACUUGGUCUUGGGCUAUCCUUCAUGACUUCCUCUGGGAAGAGCAUGGAGAAGAUGUCCGUCGUGCGACACCUUACCUCCCCGGUUCCUUUGACCGUCCACCACGCAAUCCUGCAGAGAAGGCUUCGAGUGGGUACAAGGCCUGGGAGUGGCUCAUGUACGUCUUCGGAAUGGGGCCUGCCGUCUUCUACGGCGUUCUGGAAGAGCCCUACUACAGCAACUUCUGUCUCCUCGUCCACGCUAUCCGCAUUCUCCACCAGCGAACGAUCACUCGAGCAGAGAUGAUACAAGCACACAACGAGCUCAUCCAGUUCGUCGACGACUAUGAAAGGCUUUACUAUCAAGGAAAGUCCGCACGCCUACACUUCGUUCGACAGAGCAUCCACGGUCUCCUUCAUCUCAGUCCUGGUAUCCCCGACUAUGGGCCACUGGGGCUCCUCGCUCAAUGGACCAUGGAACGCACCAUUGGCAAUCUCACCGAGGAAAUCCGUCAGCCAUCCAACGCCUUUAUGAACCUCGCUGAGCGUUGCGUUAUUCGAGCUCAGGUCAACGCGAUCAAGUCCAUGUAUCCGCAGCUACAGGAUGCUCCUGUCAAAACACAUCCCGAUGGCGCUCAAAGCCUUGGCGAUGGAUACUAUCUCCUGCAUGCGAAAGACAACUGCCCUCGUGAAGUUCGGCCGUGCGAAGAAGUAGCCAUCAAGAACUACUACGCAUCCAUGGGGCGGCCUGUGGAUCCUAAUUGGCAUCCGCGGGUUACGAGAUGGGCUCGUCUUGAGAUUCCGACUCAACAAAUUGCUCGUUCACUCUGGAAGGAGUCUAAAAAGCCAUUGGAGCAGACGCGUAUGGCACGCAAUGUUAAGAUGACGCUGGAUGGAGCCACAUGUCUUGGCGAAGUCCAGUACUUCUUUCAUCUUCAAGUACAAGACGAUCUACAGACGGUAGCUAUGGUCUCCGUUUAUGAACCACCGAGUGAGACCCUCUUGGGAGCGUCACGGGAAACGUUCAUAUCGUGCAGGCAUGGUGGAGAGCAAGGGAUGGUGCCGCACAAGGUGACUUUACCUGAGGGUGAGGCUUCCGAUAACCGUUAUUACUUGGUUGAGAAGCCGGGUUUGCCUGUAGCGAGUCUCGGAGAGGCUCCUCAAGAGCAUGUGCAGGAGCGUAAUGAUGCAGCAGAGAAUGCAUAA